GAGGCCGGAGCAUGGCAUAUGGCGCAGUCCGGAUCCAUCCUGAUGAAGGACUUGCGCACCUUGGUAUCUCUGGUUGAGGAAAGGAUAAGACAAGCAGAAGCAACGAUAGACUCACGCCAAGCGGUAAAGGGAAUAGAGGAAAUGCCAGCAGAAGCAGCGGCUGUGCUAGAUCAGAAGGCUGACGCUGUCUCGCCGGUGAGUUGGGAUGUAUCCUGCAAGCACAAGCACAAGCACAGCACAAGCACGAAGCAGCUCUGGCGGCGUCAGGCCCAGGAUGAAGCUUUCCGGAGGGGACCAGAAGAGGGCCUUUGGGAGGGACAAGAUCUCAAGGUCCGGGACCGAAGCGUGGGGAAAGCCAAAGGGCAGCUGCAGCACGACGAGCGUGUCCUGGGGGUCGAAUGAGGAGACGGCAGGUGGGUGACCAGCUGUCGUGGCUCGAAUGCGGGAUCGAGGAGCCUAUGCAGGCUAGCCUAACGAGCAGCGAACUGGCCCAACGAAGACGAAGGUGCCCAAAGAGGAGAGAAGAGCUGUCGAGCAGGCGACGUCUUUUGUGUGGCAAGAGGGCUUAGGACGGGAGAAGAGGAGAAGAAAAUUCGAGACGCAGAGAGGGCUGAGUAAUUAAUUCCGCUGGCUGCAAAAACCACAGACACAGAACAAUGCCAGCUGGAUUUGUACGUACAUGUAGUAUCCCUACGCCGUGUCUGUCGUAGCCGAGACCGAGAG